CCAACAUUCCCACCAUUUUCCUUUAUAACCCAUUCAUACUGUCUCACUCCUUUUCACAAUACAACCAAAUCUAAGUGAUCAAAGAGAUCACAGAGACAGAGAGAGAGAGAGACAGAGUCAUGGAAGUUCAGAGGGUGCUGAAGCCACAGCCGAAGAAAAAUCUGUGGAAGCCAGAGGAGGAUUUGAUUUUGAAAAAUUAUGUGGAAGCUCAUGGUGAAGGCAACUGGGCUACUGUCUCUGAGAGAUCAGGUUUGAUGAGGGGUGGGAAGAGUUGCAGGCUUAGAUGGAAGAACUACCUGAGACCUAACAUUAAACGUGGUGAGAUGUCAAAAGAGGAAGAAGACCUAAUCAUUCGAAUGCAUAAGCUUCUUGGCAACAGGUGGUCAUUGAUUGCCGGUCGGCUUCCUGGUCGAACGGAUAAUGAAGUGAAGAACUACUGGAAUACCCAUUUGAACAAGAGAAGCCUUGUCGGCAAAAGAAAAGCCACCGACUCAAGCCACCACGAUCACGAGGAAAACGACGAGAACAUAAACAAGAAGAACAAAUUCGUUCCAUUAAUGUGCCACUCCGAGCCCAACGGAAGCCCGAACUUGACAGGCACCACAAAACUGUGUUUGGAUGGGAGGAAAGUAGAAGAGAAAGAGGAGGAGAGCACGACUUCAAACGCUUGGAAGGAGGACACAAACAGCUUCAGCUGUACUGACAUGGAGUACCCAAUAAUGGGUGGAAAUAAUGCAACUUUCGUGUUUGAUGAUGAGCCCCUGAUAGCUUACCUGGAUUCUUUUGUCUUGUUUGAAGCAUUUGGAUGCGUUGGAGACGAGGCGUACGAGCAGAUGCAAUCGGUGAUAGAGUGAGAAGACUGAAGAGAGGACCCACCUAAUCAAAGAAAAGAUCGAGCACCUCCAUACUUUGUGGUAGUAGUGAGUGCAUGCCAGGAGUUGUAGCACUACAGGGGUCGCAGUGCCAUGUGCUUUUCCCCUGCACUGGCAGUACUAUGACAUUUUGUGUACGCAUGUAAUUGCCCAAAUAUAUCUACUUUUCAAA